UCAAAAUGGUCAAGAAGAGAGCCUCCAACGGUCGCAACAAGAAGGGUCGUGGCCACGUCAAGCCCGUCCGCUGCUCCAACUGCUCGCGAUGCGUUCCUAAGGACAAGGCCGUGAAGAGAUUCACUAUCCGCAACAUGGUUGAGUCCGCCGCUAUCCGUGAUAUCUCGGAAGCCUCCGUCUACGCCGAGUACGCCGUCCCCAAGAUGUACCUCAAGCUCCAGUACUGCAUCUCUUGCGCCAUCCACGGCAAGAUCGUUCGCGUCCGUUCCCGCGAGGGCCGCCGCAACCGUGCCCCUCCCCCGCGUGUUCGCUUCAACAAGGACGGCAAGAAGGUUAACCCCCAGCAGGCCGGCAAGGUCGCUGUCGGUGCCGCCGCAUAGAUGAUGUGUUUUUUCGGGAUUUGACAAGGCGUCUGUCUUCCGGUAUUACUUGGCAGGCACGAGGUUGCAUUCAUGGCUUCACAAAAGAAAAAGUGAGAACAGGUCGGGAUGCCAUCUUCAAUGGAGAUUAUCAGCGGCAGCAUGAAGCUACCUUUACGGGCACUGUUUAUUCUCCUGCACAGCG